AGUCUAUAUUGAAGCGUUGCCGCAAACACUAUUCCGAAAUGUCGAGCACGGGUAUCGUAUUGUACGGCGUUGACAUGAGUCCCUGUGUACGGGCCGUGAAACUGACCCUCAAGGCUCUGAACUUGGAGUACGAGUACAAGGAGAUGAAUCUGCAGAAGGACGAGCAUCUGACCGAGGAGUUCCUCAAGAAGAAUCCACAGCACACGGUGCCAGUGCUGGAAGACAAUGGAACUGCCAUCUGGGACUCGCAUGCCAUUGCCACCUAUUUGGUGGACAAGUAUGCCAAGUCGGACGAGCUGUAUCCCAAGGAUCUAAUCAAGAGGGCCAAUGUCAACCAACGCCUUUACUUCGAUGCCAGUGUCAUCUAUGCCUCAUUGGUCAACCUAGUUGCUCCCUUCUGGUUGAAAGGCGUUACUGAAUUACCGCAGGAGAAACUGGACAGCGCCCAUCGGGGUCUCAACUUGCUGGAGACUUUCCUGAGCAGCGGCACCUACUUGGUGGGUGAUACCCUAACCCUGGCCGAUUUGGUCACCGGACCCACUGUCAGUGCUUUGCAGGCAGUUGUGGAUAUCGAACCCACUGUAUAUCCCAAGGUCACCGCCUGGAUGGAACGCCUCAAUGAGAUUGCCUACUACAAGGACAUCAACGAGGCUCCAGCUCAGGGAUAUAUCAGCUUCCUUCGUAGCCAGUGGACCAAAGUGGGGGAUCAGUGAAUCGAGCAACCAAAGACAAUUCCAAUUAAAACGUAUUAACAAUAAAAUAUAAAUAUUUUUAUAUCGAAUUAA